AUGCUUUUAGGAUCUAAUUCAGAUAUUCAGAAACCUCUAAAUUGCCCUUUUAAGUUUCAAAAGAUGUGGAUUUCUCAUCCUGGUUUUUUACAAGUUGUUAUUGAUGCUUGGAAAGAAAUUUUUGUUGGUAAUACAAUUUUUAUUUUCAUGAAUAAACUGAAGUUCUUGAAGAAUAUUCUUAAAAAAUGGAAUUGGGAGGUCUUUGGGAAUGUCCAAGUAAAGUUAAAAGAAGCUGAGGAAAAGGUUCUUGAAACUAAUAUUCUUUCAGAUGCUGAGCCUCAAAAUUUAGAUCUUUUGAAUAAUUAUGUCAUUGCAAGGGGUAUAAGAGAUUUAGCAUCUCAGAAUUACCAUACUAUGCUAAGUCAAAAGGCUAGAGUUAAUUGGAUUAAAUAUGGUGAUGCCAAUACUUCUUUUUUUCACACUUUAUUCAAGUUAAGACAAACAAGAAAUUCCAUUACAGAACUAGAGAAUGAUGCAGGUGAUAUUGUGACAGAUCAAAAAGAGAUUGCUCCAAUGCAUAUUAAUCACUUUUCAAAGUAUUCCGUCAAAAGAGGAAUUAGAAAUGUUGUUUUUGAUUUAAACGAAGAUGGUUUUCCUGGUCCAGAUGGUUUUACAGGUAUCUUCUAUAGAAUAGCUUGGGAAAUUAUUGAAGAAGAUUUGUUUGAAGCUAUCAGAUACAGUUGGCAACAUCAAGUAAUUCCUCCUGGAGUUAAUUCUAACUUUCUUGUUCUAUUACCAAAAGUUAGAGGUGCAAAAAAAGGGAGAAAUAUCGAUGAAAAAAUUCUUCUAGCUUCUGAACUAGUUAAUGAAAUGAACAUAAAAAGAAGAGGAGGAAAUGCUGGCUUUAAACUUGACAUCUCUCAGGCAUAUGAUAUUCUGAGAUGGGAAUAUCUCAUUUUGGUAUUAAAGAAAUAUGGUUUUUCUGCUUUCUUCUGUAACUGGAUUUUAGUUCUGCUCAAGUCUACAAAGAUAUCUAUCAUGAUUAAUGGUGGACCUGUGGGUUAUUUUGGUGUUGGAAGGUGCCUCAAACAAGGAGAUACCCUAUCACCAAUUCUGUAUGUGAUUGCAGCUGAUGUUCUGAGUAUAAAUAUUCUUCAUCCAAUCCAGGAAAAUAAGAUACAACCAAUGAUUAUCAGAAAAGGUAUUCAUCCUUCUCAUCUCUUUUUUGCAGAUGACAUUUUUAUAUUUUGCAAUGGUGGAAAAUCUAGAUUACUUCAUUUGAAAAAGCUUCUCAUUGAUUAUCAAAAAGCUUCAGGACAAACAGUGAGUGCCACUAAAAGCAAGUGUUUUGUAGGAGGUACUUCUUUGGUCAGAGGUAAUAAUCAAAUUGAUGAUCUUAUGAACAUGAAAUUGUCUUAUUUCCCUGAUAAAUACUUAGGUGUCAUUCUUGUGCAAGGAAAAGCUAAAACUGAACAUUUAUGGUCAUUUGUUGAAAUAUUUCAUAGAAGACUUGCUUCAUGGAUUGGGAAUUUAUUGGAUUCUCAAGCAAGAAUUACCCUCAUUAAAUUUGUUCUCAGUAGUAUUCCUCUAUACAAUAUUUCUAUGUACAAAUGGCCAAGAAAAGUGAUUGAUGCUUGUGAAAGGAUUAUUAGGAAUUUCCUUUGGAGUGGUAAUGCUGAAGAUAGAAAAUGUGUCACAAUAUCUUGGGAUCAAGUUUGUUCUCCUAUAGAAGAAGGGGGUCUUGAUAAAUAUGAUUGUUGGAUUACAUAUUAUAAGAAGUCUUCUAUAUGUCCUGGAAUCAAAUGGGUAUUGCGGGAUUUUAAUGAUCAUACAAGAUGGAUAGUGGGCAAAGGUGAUAAAAUUUCAGUUUGGAUGGAUACUUGGGUCUUGGAGCAAAGCAUAAUCAAAUUAUUCCCAGAUAAUGCAUAUAUUCAACAACAUAUCCACAUGAAGAAUGGUCUUUUUACUGUGGCUAGUGUUGUUUCAAUAAUCAUAACAAGAUUACCUAAACUUAGAUGGUACAAACAUAUUUGGAAUAAGAGUGUUCAUCUUUCAACAGUAGCAAUAUUUGGAAGAUUACAAGGGGAGCCUGAGCUACUGAUGAAAAUCCAAAUAAAAGAGGAUUUCAAAAUGUUUCAAGAUGUUAUAUUUGCCAUGAAUACCAGGAUUCCAGCACAUCUUUUAUGGGUAUGCAAAUAUGGUCAGAAUAUUUGGAGCUGGCUUGGAGGUAUAUUUUCUUUCAAAAACCCCAAAUCUUUUGAAGACAUACUGUUCUGUGGGAAAUCCAAAAGUUCAGUAGUGCAAAAAAUCUGGAUCAUUGCUGCUUUUAAUGUGAUGGUGGAUAUUUGGCUCACCGGAAACAAGGCUUUCUUUGAGAAUAUUACUCCAGAUGUGCUAAUUGCCAAAAAGAAGAUACUCAAAAUGGUCAAAGACUGUGAGUUCAUAGCUGCUGAAAGUGGAGGCCUUGGCAUUACAACAAAUUUUGUGGCUGAAGUCAUGGGAACAUUGUGUGCUCUGGAAUGGGCAGUUCAGCAUAACAAAUGUCAGGUGAUUGUUAAUUCUGAUUCAAAGGAAGCCAUAUCAGUUUUCUCCAACAACAAUUUACCAUGGUUUGUAUUGGUUAGAUGGAAAUUGGUGUGCUCUGUUCUAAGGAAGAUUCACUUCAACCAUGUUUAUACAGAAAUUAAUUUUUCUGUAGACUUCUUUGCAAAGAAAGGUUGUCAUUUACAAAGAGGACAAGUUCUAAAAUUUUCUGACAGGCCUUCAAAUAUGCAGAGAAUGGAAUUUCCUGGGGUUCCAUACUACAGAUUUGAAUGA